GAUGGGGCUUACAGAAACGAGCCUGGCAUGAUGGACGAACAUAUGCGGGAGAUUGUUGAGAAUGCAUUGGAGAACUCCAGCCACCUUAAUAUAGAUGAUCCCCUGGGAAUUACUCAAAAGGAAGGCUCCCAGGAACCAAAUACACAGGUGUCUCUGGUUAACUCUUCGUCGUACGUACUGGCUCGGCAUGACAGCGCACUGAGUGAGAAUGUUGACAGCUGGCUGCGAGGCAGUACCACGGACACCAGGCUCCAAGGUGGCAGGAUGGCACAAGGUCACAGGUCGACGGUCACCAGAGAUUCGUUUGGCCCCGUGUGGUACCUCCUAGCUCUGGUUCUGCCUCUCUUCACCAACAGCAGCUCUGCCGGUUGGCGAUGUUCUCCAAGCGCAAUUUUCAACACAGUGGAGUUAUUCGCUCGGCAGUUAGGCUGCGUGUGUGGCAGACUCCGCGGCCAUAUCAGACGCCUGCUGCGAGCACAGCUCUCCCGGGAUAUAUUCGCCACCAUGAUCAACGUGGUGCUGGUGGUGUACGCCGCUGGCUUCCUCAUCCUCUCCUUGUACCAAGCCUCCGUAUUCAGUUGAUGCUGGAAAGAUUUGCAAUAUCAUUGUCUUUAAAAAUACUUCACUUUGAAACUUGUCAGAAACUGGAAUUUAUAACAUUAUAUUAUCCUAUAGUUUUGAUUC